CCCGCAGUCUCGGCCAACCCGGCGGGACAGCUCGUCGCAAAAAGCCUUGAGCGCUCCCCCCGGGCGAAAUAUUCCGAGCAUUCGUUACUGCGGGCUGCCUGCGUGUCAAGGAAGCGCCAGGCACACACUCUCUAUCCUCUGAUUUCUUUUCUCUUUUUGCUCCGUCAGAGUCGCAUACGUCACCGAUCCCGAUCAGCGCCGCCCUGCGUCUCGCACGCGACUGCGGCGCAAAAACCCCAGGCUCCCGUCGCCCUGGUUUGGCCUACCAUGGACUUGGCGCCUCAAGAGCCUUCCCGGGGGGCAUUUUCGGAAGGAACCAAAAACGGUCUUUUUAAACACACGAUAAUAUGAGUCCUCACGGAGGGGAAUUCGAGGCCCGGCCACCAUACUUACAUUGUAUGCUGGCCGGCGGCAUCGGCGGGACGUUUGGUGACAUGUUGAUGCACUCGCUAGACACUGUCAAGACUCGACAACAAGGCGACCCGCACAUACCACCCAAAUAUACGUCUUUGGGCUCCUCAUACUACACAAUUCUAAGGCAGGAGGGCAUUCGACGGGGCUUGUAUGGAGGAUGGCUGCCCGCGCUCAUGGGGUCCUUCCCGGGCACCAUGCUGUUUUUCGGAACCUACGAGUACAGCAAGCGGCACAUGCUGGACUAUGGAGUGCAGCCCCAUAUCGCCUACCUCAUUGGUGGAUUCCUCGGCGAUGUUGCUGCCUCGAUCGUGUACGUGCCCUCCGAGGUCCUAAAGACGCGCCUCCAACUCCAGGGGCGGUACAAGAACCCGUUCUUCCACUCGGGCUACAACUACAGGGGGACCUUUGACGCCGCCCGGACGAUUGUGCGGCAGGAGGGCUUCGCGGCGCUGUUCUAUGGCUACAAGGCGACGCUGUACCGCGACAUACCCUUCUCGGCCCUCCAGUUCAUGUUCUACGAGCAGGGCCAGGACUGGGCCCACCAGUACAAGCAGAGCCGCGACAUCGGCCCGCACCUCGAGUUCCUGACAGGCGCGGCGGCCGGCGGCCUCGCGGGCGCGAUGACGUGCCCGCUCGACGUCGUCAAGACGAGGCUGCAGACCCAGCUGCAUCCCGAGUCGCAAGAGACCACGUCGAGCGCGAAGCCGGCAAGGCCGGAGCAGCACGCGGCCACCGCCGCCAGCCAGGCGGCGGCCGGCAGCGGCAGCGGCAGCGGUACCUCGCAGCCGCAGAGGCGCGGCAUCUCGACGUCGUCGCCGUCGACGCACACGCCGCGGCCCGGCGCCGCCGGCCUCGAGACCUCGUCCGUCAUCACGGGCCUCAAGGUCCUCUACAAGACGGAGGGCAUCGGGGGCUGGUUCCGGGGCGUGGGGCCGCGCUUCGUGUGGACCAGCGUCCAGAGCGGGUGCAUGCUUUUCCUGUACCAGACCAUACUGCGGCAGCUAGAGGACAUACUGCCCUGGGAGCGGCCCGAGCUGGUCACAUAAGAGGACGCGCGGGAUUUGCGUGGCGUCCACAAAUUCUUCGGCUGUGUUAUUACGACAUGUACAAAUUCCCUCACCAAAUAUUGUUUAUUGUUGUUGCCAUGGAUCGAUCUAUGGGAGAUGGCGUUCCAGGGCUGGAUAGAGACGAAUAGACAGGGAGGGGCAAUAGAACAUCCUCGCUUUCCAUCCAUGUUAGCUGUUUACGAUGUUAUUUGUUUACUUUUUGGCGAUUAUAAUCGGGUGUUAGUCCCGCCUCGAAAGCAUUUUACUGCCCCCCAUUUACCCGGGCAAACAAUAGUCGAGCUCCCAAUGGCUCCCAGCAACAAAUCGAGUGUUUGAGCGGGUGAAUUUUGUUUUAUUCAUACCAUUUUCUUCUUUUUGUCCUCCCUUUUCUUCAUUCUGUAUAGCAUGUGGG